AUGGCCACAGGACACACGGAAGCCGUGCUGGUGGCCGCCUUCAGCCCGGAUGGUCGCCAGCUGGCCACUGGUGGCGGUGAUGCAACGCUCCGCCUCUGGGACAUUCUCACCGAGACGCCACUGGCGACGCUCACCGGGCACACCAAUUGGAUCCUGUGCGCAGCCUGGUCUCCGGAUGGCAAGCGCCUCGCUACGGGCGGCAUGGACAAGGACGUGCGGAUCUGGGAUCCCGUAACUGGCCAGGCCAUCGGCAAACCCCUCAAGCGGCACACCAAGUGGGUGAACGCCCUCGCAUGGGAACCUCUGCACCUCAACCCCGACUGCGUACGCGUUGCCUCAGCCGCCAAGGACGGCACAAUCAAAGUGUGGGACUCGUUGCGCGGGCAUCUCCUGUUCUCGCUGUCUGGUCACGCUGCUUCUGUGACCUCCCUCAAGUGGAGCGGGCAAGGGUUUUUGAUUUCCGGCUCCCAGGAUCGGACCAUCCGCGUCUACAACGCGUCUGAGGGUGGCAAACUGGUCCGAGUUCUGGCCGGCCAUGCUCACUGGGUCAACUCGCUCUCGCUGAACACGGACUACGUCCUUCGAACGGGGGCUCAUGAUCACACGGGCAAGUCUCCGGCCACGAAGGAAGAAGCCCAACAGGCAGCCAUGCAGCGAUGGCUGGCCGUAACGCAGGGCAAACCCGAGAAACUGGUGUCGUGUUCUGAUGACCAUACGCUUUUCUUGUGGGAGCCAGCUUCUUCGAAGAAGCCGCUCAUUCGCAUGACGGGCCACCAGCAACAAGUCAACAUCACUUCGUUCUCUCCUGAUGGCCGCCUCAUCGCGAGCGCCUCGUUUGACAAGUCAAUUAAGCUUUGGGACUCCAAUGGCAAAUUUUUGGGCAACCUUCGGGGACAUGUCGGCGCCGUGUACCAGAUUGGGUGGGCUGCCGAUUCCCGUAUGCUUGUUUCCGGCAGUAAGGACUCCACGCUCAAGAUAUGGGACACCCGCACCAAGAAGAUCAAAACGGACCUGCCUGGCCACGCUGAUGAGGUUUAUGCAGUUGAUUGGAGCCCCGAUGGCGAGCGUUUGGUCUCUGGGUCGAAGGAUUGCCUGGUGAAAAUGCUGUAG